ACAAUACAAUACAGGAAAACCUUCUUUUCUCCACCAUUUUCGGCCGGCGUCGGCCUCUCCGGCGUCGGCCUCUCCGGCGUCGGCCAUUGUCGUUUCUCCAUUUAGUUGUUUUAUUUCCUCUAAUUAUUGUACAAUUUUAUACUUUCAGUAAUUAAUAAUGGCAAAUCUAGAUUGUCAAACCUACGUAACUUGCCUCUACGCGACGGUGGGAUUUCAGGAACUGACCCUGUCAAUUCCAAAUCAGACUUUGGUCACGCUUUUGGGGCCAUUCGUGGUUUGGUUCAUUUCUCAUUUUUUUUGGAUUUCAGUGAUUAAUAUGAUAGAGUCAUCCCACAUCCGUUGCCGCUCCCAUCUUAUAAUGUUGAUCCGAUGGAACCAAGUUGUCUUUCUUCAUAGAAAGUUUGUUUCCGGUGUGCUUGUUCAUUGCCGGUGGAAUUUCCGGCUAUUAACCGGUGAAUGUACUCUUACCCAAUGGUAUGGAGUUUCUACAUGGGUUUUUGAUCCCGGAAUCAAUGGAGGAAUCAAUCUACUUGAUGGAAUCAGAAUUCUAGAUCGAAUUGAAUUUCUUAUGACGCUAACAUUGUCUAAAGAUGGUGAUGUUUACUCAUUACCAUGGUUGGAAUAUUUGCUCUCGUCUAUUGAUUCUAUGGGAUGUGGAGUAUAUGGUUCUAAAAUGAAGGUGGCAAUUUUCUUUGAGGAUGAUGAUGUUCAUUACUUUUCAUGGACGGAAGCCUCUCUUUUACCGGAAGGAGAUUGUUUUAUUCAAUUGAAUUGUCUUUGGUAUAAACCCAAAGAAGACACGAGCGUGAUGGGACGGAAGAUGGCCUCAAGUGACUGUGAUAGUGAUGUUCUCUCUUUCUCUUUGUUGGAAAAUUUAACUGCAAUGAAAGGAGAAAUCAAGAUCACAAAUAGGCAACGAUGCGUUAGGUGUUUCCAGCAUAUCAUAUUGAGUUUCAAAAGACAAGAAGCAGAAUCAUAUCAAGCAACAAUUCAGGUUUUUCUUUUAACUAAAGUAAUGCGAAAAGCAUUUUGGAGUUUCAUCUAUAUGGUGAUAGCCAAUUAUGAGUAUGUAAAGGAGGGACGUAACAGAUUUUAUCUGUUAGCCUGUAAGGCUUCCGAUCGGCAAGCAUGGUCAAUUCCACUUCUUUAUCGAAAUUGUUAUCAAUUUCUUUUAUUUGUGUCAAUGGUUGUAUAUGAGUGGUUUAUAUAUCUUGUAAAACUUUUUAUGAUAUAAUAGAUUUGAUUGCUG